GGCAUUACAUGAGCGACCCCUCGCCGGACCUCCUGUGGCUGGCAGGCGGUCACCCUGACGACGCCGUCCUCCCGUUUACCGAAGCCACGGUCGCCCUCAAGGACGGGCAGGAGGUCCACCUCAACCAGGACCUCAUGGCGACCGGCCUGCAAUACGGGCCAGUUGAAGGGGACACGUCACUACUGAAGUACCUGUCGGACCUGACGCAGAAGAUGCACUCGCCCCCUCGCUGGUCUCAGACGCAGCAGAUCGUAACAAUGGGCGCUCAGGACGGGUUGGCCAAGACCUGCGUUAUGUUGGUUAAUUCCGGGGACUACGUUAUUGUUCCCGAGCCCUGUUACGCAGGUGCUUUUUAUGAGCUCGCCUCUCUGCAGCCUCAGUACCUCGCCGUUGAGGAGGAUGAGGAGGGCCUGAGAACCGACUUGCUGAGGUCAACCUUGGCUCGCUGGAAGGUCGAGGUCGGAGAGAAGCCGUCAGAGAAACGACUCAAGUUCCUGUUCACGAGCCCGAGCGGGAGCAAUCCCUCGGGGACGACCCUGAGCGAGCGACGCCGUCGGGAGAUCUAUGCCCUCGCCUGCGAGUACGACUUUCUCAUCCUCGAGUACGACCCAUUCUACUUUCUCGAGCUCCAAGACGACUCCCCGCCGAGUUUCCUGAGCCUGGAGACCGAGGGACGCGUGCUGAGGUUUGACUCCUUCUCCAAGACGAUCGGCCCAGGACUCCGCGUGGGGUACGUCACAGGCCCCCAAGAGCUCGUCGAGAAGAUCUGCCAGUACGUGAUGGCCUCCGUCAUGUGCGGCUGCAGUCUGUCCCAGGUGAGGUGGCCGGGAUGUCUUACUCGCGAGCUCUUCCGCGUCUGGAGUUUCGAGGGAUUCCUCACGCACGCGAAGAAGGUGCGGGAGAUGAGCCGCAGGAGGAGGGAUGCUGCGCUCUCGUCGGCUGAGGAGCAUCUCGCAGGUCUCUGCGAGUGGCGUGAGCUCGCAGGUGGGAUGUUUCUGUGGCUGAAGGUCCCCGAAGUGAAGGACACGGCAGCCAUGUUGCUGGGGCGUGGCGUGGCCAAGAAUGCCCUGCUGAAGCCUGGAAAUAUCUUUAUGACGAGACCGGAGCUGCCUUGCCAGACCAUGAGGGUCUCCUACGCCUCCGCCUCGCCUGAGGAGAUGGACAAGGCUUUCAAAACCCUCGCGGAGUUAGUAAGAGAAGAAAUGAAAUUGAAGAGCAGGACAGAAGGAGAGGAAAAGUGAUAUCGACUUGGAAAAAAUCCUGUCCUUGCUAAUUCCUUUAUUUUCCUAAUUUUGAGUAAUACUAAAAAAAAGAAAAAGAAAAAAACAGAAAGGAGAAACAGAACUUCAAGGAAGGAUGCAUCGACAGUAUAUCUCUUACUAGAUACAUCACUGUAUAAAACAUUAAUUCAGUAUGUAGUAUAUUUGCAAAAACAAUGUAAUUAAUA